AGAAACAUCAAUCUCAACAACACGCAAUCCUAUUGGUCAAUACGAUUCUAGGAGGACAGUGCUUGAACUUGUUCUUCUUAGCUAAAUGCUAGGGGGCGUUACAUGGGAAAUAAUACUUUAACCUAACAGUUGAACUUCUGUCGCCACACAUUUGGACCAUUCAAGCAACAACAUGGCAAACAUUGGCAGGCUCUCCACCAAGGAUGCAGUACUCUUCCUGUGUGACAUGCAAGAGAAGUUCAGACCCAACAUCUUUCAGUUCACCAACAUUGUCAGUAAUGCAGCCAGAUUGCUCCAGGCCAGUCGCGUUCUGGGCAUCCCCCCCAUCUUGACAGAGCAGUACCCUAAAGGUUUGGGUCCCACGGUACCAGAGCUGGGGGCAGCAGACCUGACAGCUCAUGCUAAAACAUCAUUCACCAUGAUGAUAGAGGAGGUGGAGAAGGAGUUGCAGGCCCUUGGAAACCCCAAACAGGCUAUACUGUGUGGAAUAGAGGCACAUGCAUGUAUCGCAUGCACAACCUUUGACCUGCUUGAAAAGGGAAUGGAGGUUCAUAUUGUGGCUGAUGCCGUCUCAUCCAGAAGCCAGACGGACCGUUUGUUUGCUCUGUCCCGACUGAAGCAGAGCGGAGCUUACCUCACCACCACAGAGGCCGUCCUGCUGCAGCUGGUCCAAGACGCCAAACACCCCAACUUCAAGGAGAUCCAGAAGCUCUUGGCUCACCCGUCUCCUGACACCGGCCUCCUUGCCUUCUUCAGUGCUCUGUAGCGACAUCAUCACCUGUCAUUCUGUUUCAUAAACACUGUUUCACUGCUUCCAACAUACUGAUGAAUUACUUCAAUAAAGUGAUGCUGCUACUUUGAA